GUGCUUUUGAUGCUCUUCAUCACCCUGGCCCAAGGAGCGAAGGUCAAGUCACUUGAGGCGGCCAUCAGCUCUGCCAUCAAAGAGGCGCUGGCUCCCACAGGCGAAGCUGCCAAUGGGACGCUUUCAAGCCCUGCGGGACAGCGACUUACUGAGGAGGAGAUUCGAUACAUGCUGAGCCUGGCGCGUGAGGGAGGAGAUGGGCUGAGCCGCAUCGAGGUCCAUCGAAUCCGUAAGAAGGAUCCAUUAACAGGGGAGGAGUAUGAUGGCGUCUUCUACAACGAGAGCUAUGACAAGGAGGGCACCAACAUCUGUCAUCAGGAUGGGGACCGUGUCACGCCGACGGCAGCAGUGAUCGAGAAAGCGGAGCGGCUUCUCGAAAACGAUGCCGGUGUCUUGCUGGCGAAGGCUGUUGCAGCCUACAUUCGCAUUGCAGAGUACUUGGGGAAGGAACUCUACCACAUGGAGGCCGAGGUCGGAUCCGCAACGCCGCCGGAGGAGCCGAGUGGCACAAUGAUCACCAGGAUGACCAUGGAUUGGUUAGAGAAGUUGAAUGAGAUGCAGGCGGAGGCAGGUCAAAUGCUGUGCCCAAACAGUCCCGAGUUUCUUCUUGUCUGUAUCAAGCAGACCAACUGCCUCUUGGAGAUUGCUGCAGAAGCCGACCCCCACGGAAUCACUCCCGGCAGAAUGGCUACCUACCUGGAAGUGGAGAAAGAGGUCACUGACCACUACGAAGAGUUUGCGAUUCAGGCCCAGAUUGGCUUGCCACAUAUGCCAGGACUUUGUGAACAGGAGACGGCCAGCAUCGCCAGCAUUCCCAACACAGGUUCCUUGCUGCAAUCGGAGAGCACCGCAGCAAAGGUAGCGAACAGCGAACGGCAGAGCCGCGCAGUGGCUGCUGUGUUCCAUACACAGCGGGCAGCCGCCAGGACAGUGCGUGCCCUCGCAGACCAUUCGAAGCUGUAUUUGCUGGAGGAAUCUUUCUUCGCUCACACUUGGAAGAAGGCGUGCGAGCUCAUCGGGUGCUGGACGACCUCUUUUGUCGAUAUCAUGGAUGCGUCCGCCGGACACAUUGCGGAACUUGUGGAUGUGAAUGCGUCCUGGCAUGCUGUGAAGACCCACCACGUAGGCUUCAUGCAGUUCAGGACGUCUGUAUGGCAGGCCAUGAAUGCAAGCUCUGAUUUCCAUACAAAUUUCAGAAAGUUCAUCUACGGAACAGGCCGGGCAAAGGGGGCGAGGCGUGUGGAUCACGUUUACAAGGAGGCGAGCGACGUGCUUUCCACCGCCCUUGCCUUGGAGAACAGACAGAAUGCCGACUCCCAGUCCGAGGACAGCAAGGCCGGAAGAAGAAGGAGUUCUCCUCGGAGACGGGGGAGGAGAAGGGAGUUCUUCAAAGUAUCUGGCAUGGGCGCGGAAAUCUAUGGCGAGGGAUGGUGGUGCCUGAGCUGGCGGGCCAAUGAAUUUAGCAGCUUCCAGAGGAAGUUCCCUUUCGAGUCUACGAAGUGGGGUGCAGCGGUGGGCUACAGCAUGGCUGUGGGCGAUCCGCAGGAGUUUGAGGUCUGGGUCCAGGCCAUGAAGGGGAACCACCCGGCCGUCUUUGAGCUCGCGGUCGGCUUGACGAUCGGCUUCAUUCCUAGCCUACCCACCGGGCAGGGUGUGCGGGCUGGCGUGACCGUUGGCGGGACCUUGACCCUAGCGACCAAUGGCCCAAAAGUCGGCAUCAAGCUUGGGCUUGGCGUGAGUGCAGUGAAUGGCAUUGCAACGUCAGCAGACUGUAGCCCGAAAAGAGGCGACAUUGGUGGCUUCAAGUGCAUGAAAGGGGUGUCUGCAUCGUUCACCAUCUUCUGCAAGAGCUUCGACUUUUCCAGCGGUGACAGCGAUGCCCAGCAAGAUGACCCAUGCUCCACAGACGGCAAGUACUACAAAGAGAUACAGAGGCGCCGGGUUCCUUGGAACAACAAGUACGUCCGCCGGCGUGAGACCAACAUGCCGGGCCAAGGUCGAUCGUCGGAGAAGAACGCAGUUGCUUGCCGUGACCGCUGCAACCGGGUCUCGGGUUGCAUGCACUAUACCUUUUACCAGGACGGCGGCUGCCAUCUCCAAAGCAGCGACAGUGAGCUUCAUGGGGGAUGGUAUGUCAGGUCUGGCCCAGGCCGGCCAGAAGACUGCUGUGCAGUACCGAAGGUGAACCAAAUCGGAAGCGUCUCGGAGUCCAUCGCGGCCUGGAAGCUCUGCCGCGACAACAAGUGGGGAGUCUUCGUCUCCCACCGCUCCGGAGAGACCGAGGACACCUUCAUUGCUGACCUGACGGUUGGCUUGGGCACCGGCCACCUGAAGACCGGCGCUCCCUGCAGGAGCGAGCGCCUGGCCAAGUACAACCAGCUGCUGCGCAUUGAGGAGGAGUCGUCGCUCCCCUACUGCGGAAGCCACUUCCGGGCUCCCUGGGCCAUGCCAACCUCCGGAGGCUACGCCUGA